AUGGACCUCACGCCCGAGGAGAUCAACGAGAUAGUGGCAUUGAGAGGGGAGCUACCACAAGCAGUGGUGGGAGAACAAUUCGCCUUGCCCCUUCCCCUCCCUUCCUAUCCUACAGAUCAACGAAAUAGUGGCAUUAAGGGGGAAGCUACCGCAAGCGGUGGUGGGGAAGCGAGAGCCCGAGAUGUGGAGGUGGUGCUACCUAUUGUGUUCGGCAGCUGUGCCUUUUGGCUGGGGAAGAAGGCCGAUGAGAACGCCACACACAAGUGGACGGUGUAUGUGCGGGCAGCUGAUAACGGUGACCUGGGUAGUGUGGUGAAGAAGGUGGUGUUUCAGCUGCAUCCGAGCUUCUCAAACCCAACCCGCAUUGUGGAGCGGCCGCCCUUCAUGCUGUCAGAGAGCGGCUGGGGCGAGUUUGAGAUCGCCAUGACCAUUGUUUUCCAUGCGGAUGCUUCCGAAAUGCCAGCUGAGCUCACCCAUCACCUUCGGCUGUACCCAGAAGGCAGCGCUCCCAACCAGCCUCUCAGCACCAAGCGGCCUGUCGUGGCUGAGCAAUACGAUGAGCUGGUGUUCUGCGAGCCACAGAUUGCGUUUUUCCAUCGCAUCCGCUCCAACCCCAUGGUACGCAUACACGGCAGUGAGGAGGCCAUCACCGCCGCUGGUAACCAUGCAGCAAUACCUCAAGAUGGCUCCAGUUCGGCCCCUACAGAUGCACGUAACCUGGAAUCAGAGUUGCGAGGAGAGAAUCGGGGGGACACUCUAGACCAUCCCUUGUCGCAGUGGUUCCUGCAGUUCUCGGACGAACAAGAACUGACUGCCAUAGCUGCUGCACGGAAGCAG